GAGGAUGGAGCUGCUGUCCCUGCAGGAGGGGCAGCCGCGGGGCGUCCGCUCCAUCUUCCAGCCCAAGGCUCCCGCCUGCGCCGCCGUCCAGGUGGCCUCCUGCCCACCCCAGAAAGAAGCCAGUGCCUUCAAGACGCGCUCUGCCUUCCCGAGCCGCAGCAGCUAUGUGGAGUACGUGCAGGGGAACUUGGUGCGGGGCAUGCGGGUGCGCAUGCUGGAGGACUACGAGCAGGUCAGCGCUGGGGACGAGGGCGAGUUCCGCCAGAGCAACGACGGCACGCCGCCUGUCCAGGUUUAUUGGCAGGCGCUGGGCCGCACCUACUGGGUGCACUGGCACAUGGUGGAGAUUGUCAGUUCGUCUGGCCAGGCGGAGUGGGAAGUCCAGGAAAAGGUGUCCAGCCUGACGGAGAACCUGAAACUGACCACUGUGACCCAGACGUUUUACUGCAAGCCCCUUGGGGGGCUGUACUCCCUGCCCUACCUGACGGAGCGGCCGAGCGAGGACUCGGAGGCCCUGAGCCGGGCCGAGUGGUGGGAGCUGCUCUUCUUCGUGAAGAAGCUAGACCCGCACGAGCAGCAGGAGGUUGCCCAGCUCAUCCGGCAGCACCAGGAGGUAAAGGGAGAGGGGACCGGGGGAGAUCAGACGGCAGCUAGGCCCAGCUUUCCUUCCGCUGCUGCAAGGUACCCAUGUCACAGAGCGUGUCUUCCAAGAGCUACACGUGCAGUUUAUUCCCGGGGGAGCAGGCUGGAGAGGAAAGCCCUAUUUGUCCCAGGGCUUCCUGCCAGCAGCCCCUCAGUGCUGCUGGAUACCCCACUGUCCCCCUCUCGGGCCCUGAACUCACAGCAGCAGUUUGGAUUUGCUCCCCAAACUCUCCUUCUACUCUGGUAAAGAAAGUCUCUGCUGGCGUCUCUCUUUCUGUGCCUUUAAGCAGGCAGCGAACACACAGACUUGCCCUGAGGUUAGCGGUGUUGUUUGUGAGGAGUAGCCCCUCUGCAGUCCCACCGAUGGGCUGCUCAUCCAUUCCCAGACCCGUGCUCCGAGCUGGGUUCUGGCGGUGAUGGACUCAGCUGUUACAUCUGCCUCCCUGGCCUGGAGCCCUGAGAACUCCUAACCUGGUCACUCUCUGGCCUGUCCCGGGUUCUGGACGGCUAGUGUACCCUGUCCAGCUCCUCCUUCAGCUCCCUUGUUCUGGGAGGCUUUCGUAGACCCGGGGACAGGCAUGGUGUAGGAGUGUGACCAGAAGAGAGGGGAACUGAGGAGCAGGUCAUUGGGGCUGACGUACUGGGAAUGAGAUGGAGCUGUGGGCGGAGGCAGAGGAUGGAGUGGAACAGGGGAGCCUUGGGAAGAGCAGAGCAGACUGAACCAGGCGAGUAAGUGGGGGACCAAGGACUGCAGAUGGAACAGAGGGAGGAGAACGAAAGAAGAGACCAGCUCUUUGCGAAACUGUGUCCAACAGACUCCAGAUGGCAGGUCACAGGCAUGGGGAGGUGCUGUCAGCAGCCACUGGGACAUUGAUUGUAGGACGAGAAUUGGGCUGGCCUGGGGAUAUCCCGGUUGGACUAUCAUAGAAUGUCAGGGUUGGAAGGGACCUCAGGAGGUCAUCUAGUCCAGCCCUCUGCUCAAAGCAGGACAAAUCCCCAGACAGUUUGUUUUUGUUUGU